AUGGCCGACCCAGCCAGCCAAUUGCGCAUCCAAGACAGUAAGGAGAAGCUCCAGAGUGCGUAUAACUACGCAGUCAGCGCCAAGGAAACUGCCGAGUCCGAUUUCAAGCAAGAGCAAGACUCUGGUAUCGCUGAUGGCCAGGACUUCAGGACUUGGGCUAUUCAAAAUGCGCCUGCCUACAGCGCAGGCCUACAACAGUACCAAGCCGCAAAAGCUGCAUACGGCGCGGCACUUCAACAUGGAGACAACGAGGCUUUCAUUGAUUGGGAAAAGAAGUAUAGAGACGUAGUGAUGGUCAACCCUGCGAAGCCCGAUUACGAAGCUCUUGUCGCGCCUUGA